AUGAAUUCUCACGACGACCUCAAACAACGGAGUCAAAUCCCGACGAUAGCGCCGAGGGCGUGCCAUCCUGAGCAACACCGUGAGCCAACUGCGCCAGACAGAUCUCCUCACAGCCUCAAUGUCGCCGCUACCGCUCCUGCUGCGAAGGAAGAACGCCUCAACAACCUCGAUCAGACGUUGGUCGCGCCGGAUUCAUGGCAGGUCUAUCAUCCAUACCGGACUAGCCUUGAGCAAGUAAAUGCCUCUACUCUUGGAACAGCCAUACUUGAGGUGCAGGAAUGGCUGAAAGUCUGGGUGCUCGUGGGGCGCACGCCUUUCAUACACUCCCAGACAUAUCGGGACCAGAUGCCACAGUGCCUCCAGGACGCCUAUACAGCGUGCGCAACCUACUAUGCCAGCACCAAAGAUACUAAGGGUAUUGCUCUGCAAAUCAUAGAAGACUUUGUUGGGCGCCUCUUGGACGACAUGGCCAUCGAAGAUGUCGAGUCUUUAUCGCCAUCUUGUGUGCUUGUUCUACAUCUAGCACGGGUGCAGGCAAUGCUCGUAUACCAAACAAUCCGCCUCUUUGACGGCGAUAUCAGGCAGAGAGCACUGGCGGAGGAACAAGCGCCGACGCUCAAGAACUGGAAUGAAGCUAUGCUCACAUGUGCCCUACGAAGCAGCCAAUUCAUCCAGUCUAUCAAUCGGAAUCGGAAUCUGGGCGACUUCGCCGCCUGGCAAGCCUGGAUCUUGGCAGAGUCGUGCCGCCGUACAUGGGUAGUGAGCAGCGUCGUUCAAUGCACGUACUACAUUCUCAAAGGAGGGUCUGCUUACUGCCCGGGACAUAUAAUGUUCACGGCAAGGACGGGUCUUUGGGCCGCCGAGACGUGCUUCGCCUGGGUGGAGGCGCAGCAGGACAAAGACCCGCUCUUCUACAAUGAUGCCAACGGUGGAGACAUCAUGGCUCAAGCAACGAUCAAGGAUGUUGAUGAAUUCGCACUAUGGGCUUUGAAAGUGUCCACGUCGCCGGGCACCGUGGAAAGCUGGAGCUCUGUUCACAAAUAA